AUGUCUGAUCCCAAUAGGUCCUCCAGCUCGCCGAGCCUGCGAAAUCUCCCCAAGCAGGCAUGGGAUGAGCUCGUCUUUUCCCGCACUCAGUCCAUGUCUUCUUCGAACCCUUCUCCGUCUAAUGCCUCAAUCCGACGACUCUCCCGCCGGCCUCGACCCUCCGUCGCUUCAAUAGCGGACGCCUUUGUCGGCUCGCUGGUUCUGGCAAGCUUCUGCCAUGAACAUUCGCCGCAUGCUCGGGGGCUUUCUACAAUUUCCUUGGGGGCGUCGGAGAAUCGGUUGCGGAGGGUUCGGGACAAAUCUGUGGCUGAUCGCAGGGAGCUGCCACCGGGGAGACGUUUGGAGUACUUGGGCUCCAUGGUGCAUCUUUCACCGUCCCAGCGGUUGGUUGGGGAGGGAUUUGCACGCCCUGAAAACACUUCUAUGGACGAGAAAAAUAAUUUUUUUGGGUUCUGGGGCAACACUGCAGCUGGCACUGACGGCGACAGUACGUUCGAUCCCACAGAAAAUGCAAAGCACAGCUCAAUACCUGGAUCUCUCCAUGCUAUUGAGCUAGGGAAAAGGAAAUUUACCGAGUUGAGCCGGAAAGGCAAUUCGAGUUCUUCGAAAUUACUGCGCUCUCCGUGGAUUUCACCCGACGACGAAGCCUACAUCUCCACGUCGAGGUUGUACCAGAGGACGUUAGGUGACAACUAUGAUUGGACAGAAGCAGUGAAGGCCGUGGUUCCGCACGAGAAGGUGGUCAAAGUACCAAGCACAUCGCGAGAUGCAGUUGAAAGUCCGUCCGUCGCCAAGCUUGUUGAAACGUUAUGGGGGCCCUAUGAACCAUCCACCCAAUACCUCUUUCGGCUCUACCGUGAUAUUUCCUCUCCAGGGGUCGCACAGCUUUCCAAACGCUCUCGCGGUGCUAUGUUGCGCCGAUUUGCAAACCCCCAAAAUCGUCGGUGGGUCGACGCUCGUCGCUAUCUAGCGUUGGUAGAAGAUAUGGUCACUGCUGGUCUCCCGAUAUCUCGUUCUCUUUGGGCGUCUGCAAUUCAUCUUUCGGGCCGGGCAAGUGGGCCCGUUUUAAAACGUGAUUUGAUUCGAUCAAUUGGUCUCUGGCAACAGAUGGAACACGUUGCCAAAGUUCAAGCGGACGAUGUCGUUUUCAACAUCUUGUUCGACAUCUCUAUCAAAGCUGGCCAAUUUACGGUUGCCGAUCGUUUGCAAGAAGAGAUGCGGAGACGUGGCAUCAGUUUUUCGCGCUGCGGUAAAGUUUCAAAGAUCUACUAUCAUGGGCUGCGGAAGGACGUGGAAGGAAUCCGGGAAACAUUCGAUGAUUUUGUGAGGUCAGGGGAGCUUGUUGACACGGUUGUUUUGAAUUGCUUGAAUGCCGCAUUUCUUCGGGCCGGUGACGCCCAAACCGCAGAGCAGCUAUAUGCACGCAUGCUCGAGGCGCAAGCCAAUGCGCCACACCCAUCGAGCAAUGACCCUGAUUCACCCAUCCGCCCAAACCUGACGUCUGAAUUCACGGCCUACCGCACCAGGACCAGAGAGCUGGGCCGGUUGCUAAAGAAAUCUGCGGCGCUCAAGGAACGGCUGCCGGAAUAUCACCGCGCUCUUCAAGAUUCCCUCCCCAUGGCUCCCGACACAAGAACCUUUCACGUUUUUCUUCGACAUUAUGCAUACCAAAGUGGCCAGCUCGAUAGUUUCAUGGCCGUGCUGCGUGACAUGGAACGGACCUUCUCUGUGCCACCUCGUGGUAUCAUCUAUCUCUUCCUGUUUGAGGGAUUCGCUCUUCAUGGCCGAAGGAAGAAGUCCUGGUCCGCGGAAAGACUCCGACUGACAUGGCAUGCGUACCUUCGGGCAUUGCACGACUCACGGGCCAGACUUGACGGCCUCUACCUUCACGCCCCAGAGAUGGUUUGGGAAAACCCACUCGCUGCCAGCGUCGCCACCGAUGCCGAUACAGAGCUCCCGGUGACUGAUGCACCUGAUGGGCUGUACAUGCCUUUGCCAUCUGCAGACACUAAAACAAAUCCCGACUUUGAGGGUAAUUCGGGAAAUUCCCCGCGAACUGCAAUGGAUAGCACGACCACUCACGGCUUUCACCACGAGCAAAACCAUGAUAUCGAAGAAAACGAAUACGACCAACGCGAGGAAGGGGAGGAGCUAGACCUCGACGAGAUCUUCAACCCCGAAUCGACCCCCGCGCACCAAGCUGAACCGGAACUCGAUCACCUCGAGCGUCGGGUCGAGAACGGCGUUUUCAUCGGUCGUCGAAUGAUUGUGGUCAUCUUGCGCGCGUUUGGCGCCUGCUGCGGUCCCAAAGAAGUUCUGGAAGUGUGGCUGCAGCUGGAACGGCUUUGGCAUCCUCACCGACGCAAGGCUGUGGAUGUUCUCGCUGUCAAGGAGGAGCUUGAUAACCAGAUGUCGAGGAAUCCCCCUCGGAUGUAA